AACUUUGUUCGUGCGCUAGACUCUCUUUGUGCGAAAAGAGUGCAAAAAGCUUAUUUGCAUGUCGAGAGAUGGGGACUUUUGAUUGGCCCAUUUUGGGGUAUUUCCAUUGUCACGGCGCGCCUUUGAGGAAGUCCAGUUCCUUGUCGUCCCGAAUAAAAAAGUAUUCAUAAUGGCGUUCGAGAAUCUCUUGCAAGUGGUGGCACACUGCGACAAAUUUCCUUAUCAUAUUGAUUUGGAGCACAAGGACGAGAUACAUCAUGUCGUGCCUCUUUGCCUGGGGCCUCAUGUGAUUGGCAAUAUCUUACCGAGCGUUCUGCCCCACUUGAAGCAGUACAACGACAGCCAAUCGCCCGCCCCUUUUGUCAUUGCUUCCAAUGUAACCUUUGCUUCUUGGGUCGACUCUUUCGAAAAACGCACUCAAGUCGUGAAACAACUCAUGGACACUUGGCGCGCACAAACGGUCUUUUCAGCUCUGGCAGGAUGGAGAAACGAGUUAUAUCCAGUAUACGGUGAUUCAUCACGGGUGGAUAAUGUGGCGUUUGUUAUGGAGCGUGCAGCUACCCCACUGUUUGGCAUAUCGACGUUUGGCGUCCAUCUGAAUGCCUAUGUGCGGGACCAAGAUAACGACAUUAAAAUGUGGGUGGCUCGUCGCGCGCUGACCAAACCGACGUGGCCAGGUUUACUGGAUAAUUGUGUGGCCGGAGGCAUCAGCUACAAGUAUUCCACCAAAGAAACCAUCGUCAAGGAAUGCGACGAAGAAGCCAGCAUCCCAGCAGACCUUGCUGUCAAGGCCCAAAACGCUUCUUGCGUUUCCUAUUACACCUACACCGAACACGGUUUGCAGCCAGAGACACAAUACAUUUUUGAUCUGGCCUUACCUGCUCAUUUCACUCCUACGCCGCGAGACGGAGAAGUACAAUGUUUCUACUUAUGGCCCAUGGAUAAGGUGAAAGAAACGAUCCUGAAUGGUGAGUGGAAGCCCAAUUGCGCCCUUGUAGCCAUCGACUUUAUGAUCCGCCACGGAAUGAUCAACGCCGAUGAAGAACCCGACUACAUCGAAAUCAGCUAUAGACUCCAUCGUCGCUUACCUUUUCCUACCCCAAAGAAAGGAGCUCAAUAAACAGCAUUCCUCUCGUACCCUAAUUUACUGAGUGGUAUACUUUGGCAUAUCGACGCCAAAUAAACAUAUUCUUUAGGAC